AUGAUCAUGCUGGGCCACGGUAUGUGCCUUCCUUCACAGGCCACGGUCCAAAACAUUUUCCUUGCGGCUCGGGACGCCAACGCCAUCCCUGACAUCUCGCUAGACCCGGGCCUCGCCACCUUCCUGUCUCUGGAUUCGGCGGCGGCGCUGCAACACCAGUACGCUUCUCUGCAGAGAGGCCUGAGCGAGACGCAGAGGGCGACAUUCGGCGUCCGCCUCCAACGAGAGCUCGGUGGCCCAAGGGUAACGCACGGGGGCGUGGGGGUCGUAGCUCUGGCUUUGUCUAUGAUGUUGGACCACGUUGCCCAACAGGUUAGAGGAAACAGUUCAGCACAGGCAGGUCAGUCACCUGUGAUGAAUCCAUCCAGGAAGCUUUUCGGAAUCGCAGUUUCGUCAAGAAUCGGUGGGAUUGCACAGAAUUACCUGCGUCUGAUUCCGGGCCUCGCCAAUGACCCGGACACGAUGGCCGAGACCACUGAGAUCUAUGACAACUGGCUCAAACUAGAGUUGCUGGACCAUUACCACAGGAUGACCAAUAAGAAGAGGAUGAGUUCAGUAUCCAUGCAGCAGUGGUUGACUGGAGCAGCGCUUCAUCUCCAUAUGAGGAUACACCAGGUUCGUCUUCAUUCUGUGCCAUUUGGUUCGGCGGCGUCCCUUCGCUUGUCUUACAAGACGGCAUUCAACCGUCUGGUGCAGGGUUACACUGUCUACCUUCACAGGAACCUUCGGGAAACCGCACCAUCAGCACCCGCUCAUCGCACAUCCCAGUCAAGCAGUCCAACCAACAGGACCUUAUCCGGCCAGAUGUCCUCGAACACGGACCGAGCAGACACGUUCAAUGAGACGACCCACGGCAAUGUUUCCGGAACGGAUGAAUCUGCUUGGCAAGAGGGGCUUCUGUUCAUCGAGCCGGGGAGAAACGUGACCCACGGCGUGCGCCAUCACCCCUGCGAGUCUCCGGCUAUCCAGCAAGCUCUGGUUACGCGGAUUAUAAAUGCGCAGGACUUGGAGGACAGCAGAGGCUUUUUCUUGUUCCCCAAAAAAGUCUUCCAGCGACUGCUCACACAGGACAAUACUUUUGAGCUUGACACAAACUACACAGUUUACGUGAGCGACGAGUGGAGCCAUAUCCCAUUGGAUGUCAAACUGGACUCAGGCCAUUAUAUGAGACUUAAUACCUACUGGUUGCCCCUCCUGCUGCGUCAAGACACCAUUAGCGAGAUGUUUGUCUGGGGUGCAUCCAUAGGUCUGGUCAAUGCAGAUGAUCCCACCGAUCUGAAUCUUAGAACGGUGCGUAAGAUCGAGGCCCUAGAGGGGAUUCUCAAAGCCAUAGACAUCGGAACGUGUACAAAAGAACGAACAUCCAAAUUCAUCAGAAUAAAUACCAGCUUUACAGAGCGUAUGCACGCGGCUGUGGACGAGGCUUUGCUGUGGCUGGAGAAGACGAAGAUAGUUAGAAUCGACGCUUGUAUCCGUGAGCUGAGUCAACGCAGGCGUACCACCUAUGCAGUUUUGCGCCAUGUCUUCAAAGAGUUUGUGGCUUAUAUCUUUAAAAUGACAAAAGACCUAAAGAAGACAGUGGAGGUAUUGAAAGCUAAGUCGCCCGAGAACAUUCAAGCGGCAAGUGAGCUGCUGAAGAGACAAGGCAACGAGCUGUUUAUGGAGGAGAAUUACCAAGAAGCAGUUAAUGCUUAUACCAAAGCCAUCAAUUUUGUCCCUCAAAAUCACAUCUUCUUUGGUAACCGGGCGCUUUGCUAUUUCCGCUGGAAGAAAUAUUUGGAAGCUGCUAUCGAUGGAAAACGAGCCAUUCUGAUAGAACCGCUCUGGCCUAAGGGUCACUAUCGUUUCUGCGAGGCCUUGUUCAUGUUAGGUGAGCUCCAGUGGGCCAUGUGCGCCAACACGGCAGCGCGGAAAGUGUGCAUGAAUGACCGUGACCUGGAGCAACAACAUGAGAAGUUUGUGACUGAAAUGGCAAGACUCAAAGUUAAAGAGAAAGCAACACAUGCUGCCACUAAAGAGCAACUCAACACAGGCAGCACUAACUCCAAGGAAAUUGAAGAUCUACUCAAAGAGAUGGUGUUGCCUAAUGCUGCGGAAUCCGAGGUCCAAAAGCAAAUCACGAAGCACCAUGAGGUGUUUAGAUGUUUGAUUAAGGACGCCUGUAAAGCUCUCCGCUACCAGGCCAGACUUGAAGUGCAGAAUGGCUUCAAGAAGGUGUUUGACCUGCAGGGAUCCAGUACAUUACAGGAAAUCGGUUUCAGUUUGUCGGAGCUGGAAAUGCAACUGUUGCUUUACGGCCAUGUGCGUACUCUGCUAACAAUCGGCAAACCUCAGGAGGUCGCAGAAGUACAUAAAGUCCUGGAGAAGAUUGAGUCUUACAAGGGAAAGGAUAUUCAGUAUCUGGUUUACUACACUUACGGGAUACUUUACCGAGACGAGACAAAGUACCCAGUUGCGCUGGAACAUUUCCAAGAUUCCUUGCAGAUGGUGAAUAAGAUAACACCACGUAAACUCACCUGGCCGCUAACAAAAGAAAUCAUUAAAGAGACCGACUGGAAAUAUUUUAAAAAAAUUCUAGAGGACUGCAUAAAAUCGUGCAAAUACCCUCCUCGGCCCAUUGCCGUUUGUCGCUGUGAGAACUGCCUCGGUUCUUGGAAAAACAUGUACAUCACCGACUCGGAAUUUAAAGGCUUUGUUCAGUUGAUGUGCAGCCAGAAGUGCCUUAUUGAAUACCACAUCGCUUGCUGGAAAGCGUUCAAGCCGGCAUCUUUUGAGAAAAGCGAGAAGCCAUGUCUGACUCCUGACUGUUCUGGUAUAAUCUCAUGCGUUAAAAUUUUUGACCAAGAGGGCGAGGUAAAACACGUGUUGAACACCAACCAAACGACUCCAAAAAAAGCAAAAGUGAACCAGAAGCCGGCACGUGUGAAGAAAAUGAAGGAGAAAAAACAUUUGAAAAGAGAAAAUGAUGAUAAGCAAAUCACUGAAAAGAAGCGCAGCGUCGACGUUAAGAUGCAAGUGGCCAAAAACUGCACCACUGAGCAGACCCAACAGAACGCUUGGUUGCUGUAUCGAGAUCGAGUCCUCUUGCAAAUCAGCCAGAUGAUGCAGCUACUCCGCCAGGAAACCGGUCUCACCGUGUCAGCCGUGAGCGCCGGCCUGAGGCCCUGGCUGGAGCUGGACUCGGCACGUGGGAACCAUCUCGCCGGCAAGAUGCUCAACUGGGAAGAGGAACGCCUGGAGACUCUGGAGCAGGCCGUUGAGUUGCUUCUCGAAAGAAAGAAUCGCGUUUGGGCACGCGUCUUCAUUCAUCUGCUGUCGAAUACAUUGGAUGUUAAUUUGGAGCUCAGCCAAUGGGCGGGACGCCUCAACGAUGCAGAUCUGAAGGCGGCCAAGUCCUUUGUUGAACGCAACACAGACCACCUGGAUGAGCUCGACCUGACCCCACUUUUGACCUUUGUCCCUUUAAAGGAGAUGACCUGCCCCAAUUUAUUUUCAAGCAACGAGCUGAUUGAUUUUGUUAAGCAGGCCCCGCCGCACGAAAUGAGACUUUUUAUCUGGACUUUAGAGGAGCAUAGAGACGUUUAUGUCUCGUCUAAUGUUUUACUUGAUGAGUACUUUGAUAUGAUUGACGGACAUUGCGCAGUUCUAAAAAAGUCUAAUCAAAAUAAUUUCCCUGCAAGUGUAAGGAAUCGAGGGCGAAAAAAGAAAUCUAAAGAGUCAAAGGGUGUUGUUGUAUGGCCUGGGAUACAAAAUUCAGCAGAAGAAGAGUGGGACCAAGAAGAUCCGAUGUACAGAUAUUUUCUUGACCCCAGUGAACCCUUCCGGAUUCCCAGAUACCUUCAAGCCCAGGUGGCCAACUUUGAGGACCAAUAUAACCGAACUAAUCAUACAAACUUUAAAAAAUUUUUGGACAACAAUCCGGAUCCGACUGAGGAAAAUUUAUACGACUACUUCGCACAGAUUCUAGAGGAACACGGCCCCCUCCUUGUCGACGACCCGUUGCUGCAUGGCGAGAUUGAAAAUUUCCCGCUUGUGGCUCUUACCAAGAUCCAAAAGGCAGGCGGCGUUGAGCGUUUCCUGGAGGAAUCCCUUCGCUUCAUAAACAUCGGCGGCCGCAUCGGUCUAGCCAAGCACGCCGUCUCUCUACAGCAGACUAUUAGCAAUCAACACCCAAACUCUUCCCAAGUGUUCACAUCUAGGAAUCUUAAUAAUGUGGAGCCUUAUAAAAGACUUCAUAUGGAUGGAGCACCCCCACCCUUUGAUUAUUCAGUCAUUCAUUCAAGGACAGGCCAAGUUGAUCACUCGGAUGACGUCUCGGUUUCGCCUGACGAUUAUAGCUUAUUUGACCUUUAUGCUAGCGGGGUGGAUGAAUCCUGGGAAACAUUUUCCUGUUCAAGUGUUUUAAGUUCAACACUUGAAGACGGACUUUUGAAGAAAGAUGCAGAAGUACAGGCAUCUCAAGCAACCAGCGUUGCGGUGAACACGGAACCUUUGCAGCCUUAUGAGAAAUCCCAAGGUGACAUCAACAAAAAAGUAAAGAGCAUUAGUGUCAUGGAGGAGCAUAUACGUCAAAUAGAAAAAGAAAGCGAGGGAGUGGAUCAGAAGCACCAGGAGACCCUAGCUUCCUUGGACAAGGAGAUCCAAGAUAUCAGUACCAACAUAAAAGUGACCGAAAAAGAGUUGACCCUGUUCCAGCAAAAGCUUGAGGAAGAGGUUAAGAAGGAUCAAAAGGAGAAGAAGGCCAACCAGGAUGAGUUAAAGGCCCUCAAGACGGAAAUGGAAAAAUUAGUAGAAGAGCAAGCGAGUCUCACCAAAAAAAUCAGAGCAAGCAAAGACGACUAUGAAGAGAAGUUGAAUGAAUUCUUGGACCUCAGUAACUGUUCAGCAGCUGAGAAGAUGAGUCUGGAAGAUGAAAUCAAGCGCUACAAAAACUCCAUUGCUGCCACGACAAAGAGGUCCCACGCUGCCCAAUUGUCCAUGUUGGAAACCAUACGUGAUAAGCGUCUGUACGGCCUCCAAGCUCAACUGGCUGAUGUCAAGAUUCUGUGUGCCAAGCUGGAUGAAAAUGUACAGCACGCAAAACACAGCCGCCACAUAAAUGGCAGAUUUCCUCACUUGGAAGCGGAGAGACAAAACGUGAGAAGGCAUAUACUAGGACUGGAGCAGAAAAUUGCCGCCGUUGAGAUACAACACAGGGAGCAGCUGGAGCAAGUCAAAAGUGGCAAAAGGGUUAGCGACUUGCUUAGCAUCAACCAGACCGAUACUCGAGUCUCCCCGGUGUGUACCGGAAUAGCCUCAAUGAGCAUUGAGCCCCCGCCGCAGUCGACAGCGGAACCAGUGGUGCCUCCCGCCGCCGAGACAAGGAACCCGGCCAUGAACACCAUGUUUGAGAAGGCAAUAGAGCGACUGGUCGCCAUGUUCCCUGACUACACGAGGUGUGACCUGAUUAGGUUUUUCAAGGAAUUGCGGGUGUCCAACGGUGGCAAUCUGAACAGCAUGAGCUUGCAGGAUGUGGUCAACAGUGUGAGCCAGUUAAUUUUGGACCGUCAGGUAAAACAUUUCAAAUUGUCUCACCAUGGGUUCACUAGACUUACGUGGACCGCUUCCCCUCAGGGGGCCGCUGCGAUGGCAGGGCCAACCCCGGACUUGGACUGUCCUCCAGUCUGGCGGCAAUUAGGAUACCAAAGACCACCCCGACCCAGUGCACUGAACUUGGAGGACCCUUGUGUCAUCUGUCAGGAAGAUAUGAGUCCAUAUGACCUCUGUGUUUUGGAGUGCAGACACACCUUCCAUAAGCAGUGCAUCGCGGCAUGGCUGAAGGAGCAAAGCACGUGUCCCACCUGCCGCGAGCGUGCUUUGUUGCCUGAUGAGUUCCCCGCGCUGCCGGGUAGGAGGUACCAAGCCUCAUGA